UUGUUGGCAACUGACCGGGGCCCGCUCGUGGUGGUAUGAGUAGUGGAAAGUCCAGUUCUGUUCUGAGGAUGGACAACUUCAAGAGAGACAGAUCGGACUCGCUGGACCUCCUUGGGUCCUCCCCCAACCAGAUCCACGAGCUGGUAUGGGACACUGAGCACUUCGACACGGGCAGCAAUGAUCGCCAGGAAUCCAUCGAGAAGAUUCACCAGAUGCUGAGCAAGAAGAUGAGAGACGGGCCAGGACCCAACAGCUACAAGCGAGACGACGGCGACAUCCUGGACGCCUUCUACACCGGAAACGAGAACUCUGGGAAUUUGGAUGCCCUAGCAGGGAGCUUCGGAGCUGGAAGCUACGGCCUGAGCGACAAUCUCGACCUUCAUGCCAACGACUUCCCGUUUGCAAGGAAAGGGGGAGUGGACGGAGGCUUUUUUGCCAUGGACGAUGUCGGCACAGACCAGCUCUCCAACUCCUUCAAGGAAGCAUGUUCCUUUGGAAACUCGGAGCCCUCGAUGCCCCCGUUCGCUUCCUCUCCCAUGCUCAGUGUACAGCCGCAGAGCUCUCAGCCCCCUCACUCGCAGGCUCAUCUCCCUCAGAACCAAAUUUCUUCCCUAUCCGCUUCCUCUGCUAACAACAAGGCCAAGAAGGUUUCGAAUGUACAUGUGUUGCCCACUUCAGCUGCAAGUGCGGUUGCUGGGCAGUCCGUCAUGGACCACACGGCGAUGGGUCACGCCAAAGUACUGACGGGAGGGCCCAAGGCGACAUCAGCGGCGGCCAUGCUGGGGGGAAAUGUACCUUCGUCUGCAGCCAUGGCGGCAGCGCUACCUGCCGUCUCAGCUAUCACAGCAGCGAGCAUGCUCGAAGACUCGACUGAGAGGCUUAGUCACAAGGAGGUGGAGCAGAGGAGGAGAGAGAAGGCGAAGCAAUACUUCGACGAACUGCGCGCGUUGCUCCCUUGCGGUGCGGACUCCAAGUUCGAUAAGAACACAAUCUUACAGAAUACCAUUGCGAUGAUCAAACAGCUACAGGCGGAGCUCGAACAUCAUAAGGAAGUCAAACUCGGAACGAAAGGUCGACCCCCCACCCAGCCGUCCAGCAACGAUUUCAAGCAGAGGUGA